UGGUCUGCGUGCGAGGCCGAGCAGGAGGAGGAGACGAGCUGUCCGUCUUUUCCCGCCUCCCUCGCGGCUGGAGCUGCCUGGAAAGCCGGAGCCGGGCCUGGCCCUUUAAGUGCUGUCUGAAAGUUCCAGAACUCUCCCACCUGCAAGAAAGAUGAGGUUGUGGUACAUCACGGUGCCAGUGCCAGUUCUGCUGCUGUUUUUCUGGAUCCCUUCAUCACUAUCCUGCAACAAGGCUCUGUGUGCUAGUGACGUCAGCAAAUGCCUAAUACAGGAGCUGUGUCAGUGCCGACCUGGUGAAGGAAACUGUUCAUGUUGUAAAGAGUGCAUGCUUUGUCUAGGCACACUUUGGGAUGAAUGUUGUGAUUGUGUGGGUAUGUGUAAUCCUCGCAAUUACAGUGACACACCACCUACUUCGAAGAGUACUGUUGAGGAGUUGCAUGAGCCAAUCCCCUCUCUUUUCCGGGCCCUAACAGAAGGCGACACUCAGCUGAGCUGGAAUAUUGUUUCUUUCCCUGUUGCUGAAGAACUGUCACAUCAUGAGAACUUAGUCUCGAUUUUAGAAACAGUAAAUCAUCCCCAGCAUCAAAAUGCCUCUGUACCAAACAAUGUCCAUGUGUCAUAUUCCACUGAAAAAGAACGCAUGUGUACUGUGGUUUACUUUGAUGACUGCAUGUCGAUACAUCAGUGCAAGAUCUCUUGUGAAUCUAUGGGUGCAUCCAAAUACCGAUGGUUUCACAAUGCCUGCUGCGAAUGUAUUGGACCUGAGUGUAUUGACUAUGGCAGUAAAACUGUAAGAUGCAUGAACUGCAUGUUUUGAAGAUGAAAAGCUGAACCUUAAUACCAUAGACACCAAAGUAUUUUUUUAUUGAUAAGGACUGAACUUACAGGUAUUGCUUGAGAUUUUAAUAGUUGCAACACAUUUGCAGGGAACUAGAGAUGUACAAAAAUUUUAAACAUGUAAUUUUAUCCCUUUUUGCAUAUGUAUACAGUAUUAAUAAAUGAAUAAUCUUAAUUUUCCCCAGUAAUUUGAGAAUAUAAAAGCCUUAUGAUUAAAUUGUUUCACUUUGAUCUCCAUAUAUCAACUUAACUAAUUUACAUAUUGUAGUUACCGCAGCAUAGCCUGAGUAGAUAAUCAUGAAACUUCACAGAAAUUGUAACUCAGAGCGCUAAAGUUUUACAUUUGUUGGUCCUUGCCACAUUUUUAAACAUUCCAGUUUGAACUGCUGUGCUGCUUAUUGCUAGAGACCACAUAGAUUUCUAUAACGAGAAAUCUUUUAAAAGCAAGCUAGCAACUACAGAAAGAAUUAUCCAUGCAUGAUCAUUUGUAAACUGGAAAGAAAAUUGAUGCUGCAUUUCAAUGUUAUUUUAAUGCAUCAAAGCGAAUUGGCUAUACUGAAUUAUGUCCAUAGCAUCUCCCUGCUCCUCUAUGCCCCCUUCAUUCUUGAAUUCAGUGAGGCUAUUGUGAACAAAAAUGGAAGAUGCAUUAAUUGGAAAUUAAAGUGUAAAUAUAUUGAACUUGGAAGUUAAUAUAUAUAACAAAGGUUUGUGUGAAAUGGAAGCAUUUGUGCGAGGCAUAUAAGAAUCUUUUAAAAAUACCUAUUAAAAAUGACAGGGAAUGCGUUUAUAUAUAUACAUACACUUGACCAUUCAUUCCCCCCUUUUCCCUUACAACCAAUACAUGGUUGCACAGUGACUGUUCACAGUUUCCUCAAUUCACAGUUUCCACUCAGUCACUUGGAUAUGAUCUUUGGGCACACAAACUUGCUGUAUUCAGGAAAAAUGCAUCUAAUACCUAGAGAGCUUGCCAAUAAAUGAUUGGUGGCCAAAUCUUUGGCAACAACAAAAUAUCUCUUGUGAUGGAUGAGCUUCUGGCAUACCCAUUUCCUCUAAUACUUCCAACCAUAUAGGUGACUGGCAAAAUCAAAGCAGAGAGUACAAAUAAUGUCUCUAGCUGGGGAGAAUCUGUGAUGCAGCAGUAUGUAUUUUUCAGCUGGAACUCCAGUGUUCAAGAAGUUCAGUGGUUUAUAGGAAGGAUUGUCACUUCUCCUUAAAUUAUAUGUAUACAGUCAAACUGCCUAGUUUUAACUGAAAUUCAAAACUAAUUAGUAGAAUUUGCUUUACCUUGUGUACUCUUACUGUCAUCUUGUAUUUCACCAUUAACUGCUAAGAGAAACAUGUGGUCUGGGAACUAAAUUUGGAUCCUUUCUCUCAGCACUAAUAUACAGAUGCAGGACUGUAUUUCAAAUUAAAAUUCAUACGUGACUUUUUAUCCUGCUCUUGAAUAUUCACAUUCAGUUUUUAUUUCAAAUAAGCAAUCUUCCAGACAGAUAGCCCAUUGUAUGACCUUUGGCUUUUCAAGAGGGUCAUAGGGACCUAUUAAAUAUUGUGUGCUGUUUCUUACUGGGCUGCAGAGGGAGGGGAAAAGAUUGCUACAAUAGUGAACCCUCUGCAAGCAUUGCAAGAUCCCUCCACCUGAAUUUUGGGUAGUUCCCCCUGUCACUGAGGGGGGAUAUGUCUUCCCUUCCCUGGGCAUAUGAGGGGCUUUUUGGAAAAAAAUCUACUGCAUUAGCUGCCUCCUGUUUGCACAGUGUUAGAUUUUGCUUAUUAUUUUCUAUUAACUAUUCAAAAGCUUUGUUCAAAAUUGUGUACAUAGACACUGAAGAUCUACCAAGACUGUAUCUUUUUCUGUCUGGUGAUGGCAUCUUUAUGCACUUUAGAAUACUAACAAUGCAUAACUGAUAUUCUUCUUAAGAGGAAAAUAUAAUUAGCCUUUUCUCAUUUUAACGGUUUCUUAUCUCAUAAAAAGCUACACCUUGAAAGGUAGAAAAGUUAAAUGAGUUAUGACAUUUGGUGGUAUCCAGUUACUUGGUGAGAAUAAUGUAAUGAAAUUUUUAGGAUGGCAAAAAACUUGUUUGAUGAAACUGAUUUGAGAACUUUGCAGCUAUUGAAAAAUCUUUGUUUUUCUAUAAACAUUCCACCCGUAAAAUAUGUAAUUCUAUCGAAGUCAUGGUUUAAGAAUCUAAUUUGUUAGACUAUCAUAAUAUAAAGAUGGUUACAGGAAAUGUUUGACUCAAAGGUAAUUUCUUAGGGUUUUUUUAUGACAUCCUUUUCAAUGUUGAAAUACUUGUUAGUAAAGAUGGCCUAGUUACUUUGUAAUAUUAUAAUGCAUAAUACUGCCUAGAAUCAUCUACUGGAAACUCAGUUAUACCUGUGACUAAAUUAUCUAUUGCAAUAUUAAAUGUAUUUUCUUAGAUUUACAUGAUUCUGUAUUUUAAUAAACAACACUGUUUA